AUGCCUGCCGCCGCCCUCCCAAUCCUCGACCUCGCGCUCCUCUCACAAGGCGAAGCCGCGUCCCAGCGCUUCCGGGACGAGCUCACACGCGUAACGCACGAAGUGGGCUUCUUCUACCUUGUCAACAGCGGGCUGUCGGCCGACCUCCAGCAGCGCAUGCUGGCCACCACGCGCGCCUUCUUCGCGCUGCCAGACGAGCAAAAGCUCGCGAUCCACAACGUCAAGUCGCGCCAUUUCCGGGGGUACACGCGCCUCGGCGCGGAGCAGACGUACGGCCGCCCCGACUGGCGCGAGCAGGUCGACAUGGCGCCUGAGCGGGACCCGAUCCCAGAAGAGCCAGUGUACAACCUGCUUGUCGGGCCGAACCAGUGGCCCAAGGCGCUGCCCCAGCUUCGCGCCGUGUGCGAGGAGUGGCAGGCCGUGCUCUACGACGUGAGCUACAAGCUGCUGCGGGCGUGGGCGCAGUCGCUCGGCGCCGGCGCAGACUACUUUGACGGGCCGUUCGCCGACCCCUUCCACCACAUGAAGAUUGUGCGAUACCCCGGCGCCGCGCGCGCCAACACCCAAGGCGUAGGCACGCACACGGACAGCGGCUUCCUCACGCUGCUGUGGAUAGAGGAGGGCAAGGGCGGCCUGCAGGUCCAGCUGCGGGACGGGAGCUGGAUCGACGCCCCGCCGCUCAAGGACGCGCUCGUCGUCAACAUUGGCGAGAUGCUCCAGGUCUGGGCGGGCGGGUACUUGCGCGCGACGCCGCACCGCGUCGUGAGCCCGCUCGCGCCGGACGACCGCGUGUCGGUGCCCUUCUUCUUCAACCCCAGCUUGGACACCACGUUCCCGCCGUUCUCGCUCCCGUCCGAGCUGGCCGCCAAGGCGCGCGAGAAGGUCGUGGCCGACGACCCGCGCAACCCGCUGUUCGAGCUGUACGGCUGGAACGCGCUCAAGGCGCGGCUUAAGAGCCACCCCGACGUCGCGGAGGCGCACCAUGCCGAACUGGUCAAGCAGGGGGUGGCGGGAGCCGACGUGCGCAUCGUGUCGGAGGAUACGGGAGUGCCGGCUGAGAUCUAG